GUCCGCGAGCGGCGAGGCGGGGUGCGGUGGGGCGGGGCCCCCUCGUGCGGCGGUGCGGGACGGUGGCGAGGCCCGGGCGGUUGGGGUGCGGGGGCGGAGAGGAUGGAGCCUCCGACGCGUUAGCCGACUUUGUCAGCUCUGGUCGUGCAGCCGUCGUUUCCCGGCGAGGCCCGUGUGAUGGUGCCGGGAGGAAGGAAGCGCCUUGACAGCGCCGCAGUCGGAGCCCGGGUUCCAGGGGUGACGAGGCCCGGGGACAGCGGAUCUGGCGAGCUGGCCGCUGGCUGGACGAACAGUCACAAUAGGAGGCGGCGGCCCAGCGAAGAGCCGCGGGAGCAGCCCCGCAGGGCGGAGCCUCCCCUCUCAGAGUGAAGAUAGUCCAAGUCCCAAGAGACAGCGCCUCUCUCAUUCAGUCUUUGAUUAUACAUCAGCAUCACCAGCUCCCUCACCACCAAUGCGACCAUGGGAGAUGACAUCAAAUAGGCAGCCCCCUUCAGUUCGACCAAGCCAACAUCACUUCUCAGGGGAACGAUGCAACACACCUGCACGCAACAGAAGAAGUCCUCCUGUCAGACGCCAGAGAGGAAGAAGGGAUCGUCUGUCUCGACAUAAUUCCGUUAGUCAAGAUGAAAACUAUCACCAUCUUCCUUAUGCACAGCAGCAAGCAAUAGAGGAGCCUCGAGCCUUCCACCCUCCGAAUGUAUCUCCCCGUCUGUUACAUCCUGCUGCUCAUCCACCCCAGCAGAAUGCAGUAAUGGUUGACAUACAUGAUCAGCUCCAUCAAGGCACAGUCCCUGUUUCUUAUACAGUAACAACAGUGGCACCACAUGGGAUUCCACUCUGCACAGGCCAGCACAUCCCUGCUUGUAGUACACAACAGGUCCCAGGAUGCUCUGUGGUUUUCAGUGGACAACACCUCCCUGUCUGUAGUGUGCCUCCUCCAAUGCUUCAGGCAUGUUCGGUUCAGCACUUGCCAGUACCAUAUGCUGCAUUCCCUCCCCUUAUUUCUAGUGAUCCAUUUCUUAUACAUCCUCCUCACCUUUCUCCCCAUCAUCCUCCUCAUUUGCCACCACCAGGCCAGUUUGUCCCUUUCCAAACACAGCAGUCACGAUCGCCUCUGCAAAGGAUAGAAAAUGAAGUGGAACUCUUAGGAGAACAUCUUCCAGUAGGAGGUUUUACGUACCCUCCAUCAGCCCAUCCACCAACAUUACCUCCAUCAGCUCCUUUGCAGUUCUUAACACAUGAUCCUUUGCAUCAGGAGGUGUCCUUUGGAGUACCUUAUCCUCCAUUUAUGCCUCGGAGGCUCACAGGACGUAGUAGAUAUCGAUCCCAGCAGCCAAUACCACCUCCCCCUUAUCAUCCCAGCUUACUACCAUAUGUGUUAUCAAUGCUUCCAGUGCCACCUGCAGUGGGCCCUACUUUCAGCUUUGAAUUGGAUGUGGAAGAUGGAGAAGUAGAAAAUUACGAGGCCCUGUUAAACCUAGCAGAGCGACUGGGAGAGGCUAAACCUCGUGGACUGACUAAAGCAGAUAUCGAACAACUUCCUUCUUACCGGUUCAAUCCUAACAACCACCAGUCAGAACAGACCUUGUGCGUAGUAUGCAUGUGUGAUUUUGAGUCAAGGCAGCUACUUAGAGUCUUACCCUGUAACCACGAGUUCCAUGCCAAGUGUGUUGACAAAUGGCUUAAGGCAAAUCGUACUUGCCCAAUUUGCCGAGCUGAUGCUUCAGAAGUGCAUCGGGAUUCAGAAUGACCAACCUAAGAGCACAAAUUUAGUUUGGGUGUUCCUCAUCACAUGUAUAUACGGACUAUCCAUUGAACUUAAUCUGUGUGGCUUCCAGCCCUCCCUUUACCAAAAGGGUCAAUGGACCUUUCUUUGCACUGUGUGACUUAAUCAACUAUAAAAGCUUACAAUUAGUCUUCACAAUUAUGGGAUUGUUAUACUAACCGUGUGAUUGGAACUCCAAAGACUUUUUCUUUAGCUUAAUUUCGUGUGUGCACUAACAUUCCCUGGUUUUUGUGUGAUCAUUCCGAGUGUUGCUGCAAGAUUACAGUGGACGUGAUCUUUUAGCAUGUGCUUUUAUAAAAAGUGGUAGCUCCAGAUGAUAUAGCAAUCUACCUUAUAUAGAGCCUUCAGAAACUGUGAGUGGAAAUGAAUGCAGUGUCUGACUGUUGGUAAUAAAUGUAUCUGUGUGUGAGAGAGUGUGUGUGCAACCACUUGUGUGAGGGCAUGGUAGCUAAUGUGUGUAUGAGAUCCUAUAUACCAGCAUGUACCAAGAAUGUGUGUGUAGUUUUAAUUAUGCUGCAAUGUAUAAUCUGGUGUGUUAUUUAAACAGCACUAGUACUGUACACUGGUUUUCCCUUGUGUUUGCUGUUGCACACUGAUUGCUAAGGGUGCAUCAAUUAUAAGCAUUGAAUACUCCAUCCCUUUCCCUCCCAGUGAAUGGAAUGAGAAAAGCCUUCUUCCUUUGCUUCAGGCAGCUGUCACCUUCUCUUUAUUGGUGGUCCUAAGUAGGUCACUUAAGAAAAAAAGUGUAACAGAUUCUCACUCCAUGUACCUGAUUUUUUUAUUCUGUUGUGAAAAAUUUUUAAAUCUCCAACUUGCUGUUUCCAAAAAGAAGGUGCAAUAUCAUACAUCAUCAGUUAGCAAUAUUAGCAUUUCAAUCAGUGAUUUGAAUGUUGAUACUUCUUGUUUUUUCCUUUACAUUUCCAGUAAGCUUAUUACAGAAAGUACCUGUGAUUUUUUUUUUUAAUGUUUAGAUUUGUAGUCUAUUCUGAAGAUAUUUGAUUAAUAUAUUUCUAAGAAUACCACU